AUGAUAGAUCGUGACGUAGUGAUGAACCGAGGUUGUGAUACCGUUGCUCAGUAUAUUGAGAUGUUUGGCUGGACCGCACUCCAUCUGGCCAUCUUCCACGGGCGGACUGGGGUAGUGGAGCUGCUGAUUCAACAUGGCGCUGAUCUGGAGGCGAGGAGCGGGUUUCUCCGUGUGUUUACACAGGAUGGCAGGACCGCACUCCAUCUGGCCAGCUGGCGCGGGCAGACUGGGGUAGUGGAGCUGCUGAUUCAACAUGGCGCUGAUCUGGAGGCGAGGACCAAGAAUGGGAAAACACCACUGGACUUCGUGCAUGACCAAGAUAGCCGACGUUCCCUAAAGAAACUGGCUAAUGAGGUGGCUGUUGAGAUUUCCUACCACAAUUUGAUGAAACAGUCCGGUGGGGAGAAAGUCGACAGGUUUAAACUGUGCCUCUGUGGACCACAGGAAGCUGGCAAAUCUACUCUGAUGGAAAGUUUUGAAACGGGAUUUGUCUUCGCUUUUAUCCGGGAUCGAAUGACUCCAGACAAUCAGCCACACGAGCCCACCCCAGGUGUGAAUGUGGGAACAACCAACAUCCCCGGUGUGGGGCAGGUCAGUGUGUGGGACUUCGCUGGACAGUCGGAGUACGCGGUAACCCACAGCAUGUUCAUGGAUGCAGAGAACACCAUCUUCAUUGUGUUGUACAACAUCAUGGUCGACCACGAAACACAGACGAAAGAGGUCCACUGGUGGCUGUGUUUCAUCAAGUCCUGCAACACAAAGAGUAAGCCUUACGUCAUCCUGGCGGCCAGUCAUGCGGACCAGACUGAUACAGGACAUCAACGAGCAUCUUUUAUCCUUGAGUUGAUGACGUCAGAGUUCAAGGAUCACCUGAACAUCUCAGACGAAGUGUUUCUCCUCGACUGCAGGAAGACACGUAAAACUGACAUGAGGCGUCUUAAAGACCUUCUGACAAGACUGAAGUCUAAGCUUCUGGAACAUCAGCGAGCCAUCCCCAAACUGUGUGCUACGAUCAUUAAGCGCCUUCCAAAAUGGGCCAAGGAGAAGUGCAGCCCGAAGUGUCCUGUCUUGAGAUGGGCAGAGUACAAGGAGGCGGCGAAGGAGAUCGACCGCUUUGUCGACGACGAUUUCCUGAAGGCGUCAUCACAGUACUUGGAUCACCUUGGAGAGAUCUUGUUCGUUCCCCUGCAAAAUGCCGACCCCAUCAUUGUCCUGAAGCCCAACUGGCUCUGCACGGAUGUCUUCGGCAAGGUGAUGGCUCCAGAAAACUUCCCCAUCCAUCUGAGAACCACCAGGAACAUCGUAACGAAGAAGGAAAUCCAGAAGGUGUUCCAAGAUGUCGCCGAUGUGGAUCUCCUGAUCACCCUGCUGCAAGAGUUCCAGCUCUGCCACACCUUUGACGGACAAGAGUUCGUCAUCCCCGGGCUGCUGACACAGACCAUGCCUCCAGAGAAGUGGCAGCCGACUGCCAACCCCGCCAAGACCGUCUACUUCGGCAGACAAGUCCAGUGUGCCGACACCACCGACAUGUUCUCCUCCGCGUUCUUCCCCCGUGUGCAGACCCGCCUGAUGAGGGAACUGAAGAAUCGCCCCCUGCUGUGGAGAGACGGAGCCAAGUGUUACGACUCCAACGUGGAAAGCCUCAUCAAGCUCUCCCCAGACGGCCGUGCGGUCAACAUCUGCGUGCGAAGCAAGCAGGGCGACAAGCCGAGCUGCCGGCAGAUGCUCCGGAAGAUUGAGGUCAUCCUGAACAACGUGCUCGACGAGGUCAGUCCAGGCACUACUACCAAGGAGAGGGUGCUCAGCGCUCGUGCACUGGAGGAACACAGAGAAGAAUUCUUCUCCUACAGCAUGGAUCAGAUCAACGAGGCCAAAGCAGAGGACGGCAUCGUCCAUCACGACAUCCUCGGCUUCUCAGAAGACGUCGAUGACCUCCUGUACGGCGGGAGAGACGAAGAUGAAGAGGGGCAAGGAGCUGUUGGAUACACGGUGCAACAGACGUUCCAAGAGACGUACGUGUACGGGACUGGUAAUUAUGUUAUCAGUUCAGGGGAUCAUGCUCACUUCGACAUGGCAAGAAUCAAGCAAGGCGACCUGGGGCAGCUACAGUUGGAAGGGAAUGGGCCUAGCGACCAGGGACAGCCACAGUUGGAAGGGAAUGUUCCUGGCGAUCUGGAACAGCUACAGUUGGAGGAGUGACUUUUCAUUCAUUCUAGCAAAAAUGUAACAAAGGCUUCCUUUUUCCAUAGGUGGUCACACCCUGCCCCUCCUCCAAAAAAGUAAUCCAGGUUGUGUUUUUUUUUCUACCACUUCAGGAACAAGCUAAAUUAAUCAUGAAUAAAACCGUGGACGUACCAACCACUAAAUAUCCAAUACCAGCCCAGAAAAGAAAGGGAAACACUGACUGUCAUGCCUUCAAAUAUCAGAGUUAUCAACCAAGAAUUGUAAUGGUAACGUUAUCAUCUGUGCAGCGUACCUCAAAAUAGAAGAAUGAAUGUGCCUUAGAAUCUGAUCCCGGAGUCAUUUCAUUUCAAGCCAUGGAUAUAUUUUUCAAUGGACAUUACAGGUAUACAUUUGAACAUGUAAAUGACAGAGUUAUACUGAAGUAAAGUCAUUGUUCAACAAUAUCUUACGUUUUCCAAAAAGUGUUAUGGAACAUUAUGUGAUUGUCGAUAUAUGUCUACAGCUUG